AUGUCUGCCCCACAACGCCCUAAGCGUUUCCUCAAGCGCCCAGAUGAUCUGGCUAUGAAGCAAAAGAUCGAAGUUUUGCGUGGCGAGAUCGCUAAAUUGGAUGCCUCAGCCAACGAGCUUACUUCUCAGAUCGACAAGUUGGUUCUCGACACCAAGACAAAUGACAAGAGAUCCAAAUUGCAAGCCGAGAUCAAGGAGAUCAUUGCCAAGCAAGGCAAUUUGAAGCAGGAGCGUGGUGCUAUCCAGGAGCAAAUCAAGAACGUUGACGCCAACUUGAAGAGAAGAAUCGCCGACAUCAACAAGGUCGGUGCUAAAAACAACUACAAGUCUGCUGCUGAGAUCGAUGCUCGUAUCAAGCAAUUGGACGACUUAGUUGGCUCUGGUUCGUUGAUGUUGGCCGAUGAGAGACGCCACAUCAAGGAGAUGUCUUCCUUGCGUAAGUUGCGUAAGGACUUCUCUGAGGUUGAGAAGCAACAGAAGUUCAUUGACGAGGACAAGGCCAAGAUUGCUGAAUUGAAGAAGAAGUUGGGCUCAGUUGGUAACAAAGAGGUCCAGGAGCGUUUCGAGACCGUCCAGAAGGAGUUGAACGAGAUCCAAGCCUCCAACAAGGCUAUCUUGGACAAGAAGUCCGAUUUGUUCAAGAAGAGAAACAACCUCAGAAAGGAGAAGGAUGCCAAGUAUGGUGAAAUUCGUAAGUUGCACGACGACUUUGGCGCUGAAUUGACCAAAUUCAAGACCGCUUUGGCCGACGAGCAAAAGAAGAGAGAGGAGGAGUACCAAUCUCAAAAGGCCGAACAGAAGAAAUUGAAGCAAAAGGAGGCAGCUGAGCGUGUCUUGGCUGAUGCCAGUAUCCCUGCUUUCACCAAGGAGAUCGAUGAGAUCCACAACUUGUUGGCUCACUUCGACCCAACCUACGUGCGUCCUAAGACUAACACCGUCGCUAGCUUGACCCAAUCCAGCUUUGAGAACAAGAAAUCUACCAGACAAGUUGAGAUGCCCGAGGACGUCGUCAUUAUCAAGAAGGAACAGCAAUCUUUCUUUGAGGGUUCUAAGUCCAAGAAGAACAAGAAGAAGGCUCAAAAGAACAAGAACUUCACUGUGGACACCGAUGUUAUUCUUUCCUUGGCUGACUUGGCAAUUCCUUUGCCUUCUAAGCAUGAAGAGGUUCCAGAGACCAUCAAGAUCUUGCAGGAGACCUUGGAGGCUUUGCAAGCCAAGCAAGAGGAACAAACCAAGUUGAACAUCGAAAGGGCCAAGGCUAGAAUUGCCGAGUUAGAGGCCGAGGAUGUAGACAGCGAUGAAGAGGCCGAGGAGGAGUCCAACUAA